AUGUGGAUCUGUUCGCUGCAAGUUGAGCCCUUCGACAAUCUAGAAAAUCUAUCAGAGAUAAACAUGCUUAGUCCUGAAGGUGAACUGAAAAUAAGCUUCGGCUAUCAAUGCAAUGACGACAGAGGUAUCCCUUGCAAGGUUGCCAAAGGCUGCAAAAUCCUUCCUGAAAUGCGAAGAACAAGCAGUUUCUCUUGUUUGUCUGGUGCUGCUUUGAGUGCAAAUGCUACACUUGCCAACACAAACAUCUGCAAUGGUGUGAUAGGAGAAGAAAUCCUUCCGAAUUUGGACUCUCCUAAUUCAUUUCGGCGGGUUCCCUCUUCGCCAUGUCUUGGAAUGUUGGACAUGCUAUCAUCUUCUUUCCAAAGUAGUUUGUCAAACCUAAGUUGCAGCCCAUCCAGUCCAAGUCUUAUGCUUGAAUACGACCCUUGUUCGUUAAGACUCAUGAGUCCUUCCUCUAGAAAUGAAAGUUUUCUCAAUGCAACAGAAGUACAAGUAGCAGGAGGAGCUGCUGGUGAAGAUAGAGUUCAAGCAGUUUGUUCUGAAGAAAAUGGUUGGCUAUUUUGUGCAAUUUAUGACGGAUUUAAUGGGAGAGAUGCGGCGGAUUAUCUUGCUUGUACUCUUUAUGACUCUAUUGUAUCUUAUCUAAAUACAAUAGAUUGGAAUUCAGAACCGAAUUCCAUCAACGCUUCUGACAAUGUCGGUUUGGAUGAUAGUUGUAUUCUUGAUCACGGGCAUCAAUCUUCAUCAGAUAAAUCAUUUUCGAAUGUGGUACUUGAUAGCCUCAAACAUGUUCUUAAUCAGAGCAGUGCUUGCAACGUGCAGUACAGUGAAAGAGCUCGACUUCUUGCUGAGCAUCCCGAUGAUCCUAAGACCAUUGUAGCAGGGAGAGUGAAAGGAAAGUUGAAGGUUACACGUGCUUUUGGAGUUGGGUACUUGAAAAAGAAAAUUCUGAAUGAUGCAUUAAUGGGAAUCCUCCGAGUUCAAGAUCUUAGAAGCCCGCCAUACGUUUCAACGGAUCCAUCAUUGAAUGUGCAUAAAAUCUCUCCUUCUGAUCAAUUUGUUAUAGUUGCAAGUGAUGGUUUAUUUGACUUCUUCAGCAAUGAGGAAGCAGUAAAUCUUGUCGAGUCUUACAUCUUGCGCAAUCCUCACUGCGAUCCAGCCAAAUAUCUCAUUGAAAAACUAGUAACAAAAGCAGCUGAUUCUGCAGGUUUCAGCACGGAGGAGUUGAUGAAUGUUCCGGCUGGAAGUAGGAGGAAAUAUCACGAUGACGUCACUGUAAUGGUGAUCAUCCUUGGGAUGAAUAAACGGACUUCAAAGGCGUCAAUUUGCAUCUAA